AAUUGUGUUUAAAAACUCCAGGUUUCUAACGAAGAAGAAACGGUGGAUGAGGGAAACCCACGGGGAAAACUUUAAACAUUGCCUCUCGCGGUGGAUGUUGAUGGUUGCUUCUAUAUACUUUUAUUUUGAUGUCUUUGAAAGUUUGAAAGCAUUAAAAACGGCCAAUUUUCAAUCAGCAAAGCUGCCAGAUUUGUAAAUCAUGUCAGCCAAUACAUUUGAGGAGGUGAAAGCAACAGUCCUAUCUGCUCAUAAAAGCACCACAUCGAGGGAAAAAGUCAACUUCUACAAUUCAUGGGCAAAGAACUAUGAUCAGCAUGUAGCUGUUCUGGACUAUCGUGCACCAGCUCUGGCUGCAGACAGCGUCCUGUCACAUUUCAGUGGUGCGCGAGAAUCAGCUGCUGUAUUGGAUGUAGCUUGUGGUACCGGCCUGGUGGCCAAACAGAUGAAAAAACGUGGAUUUGAACUUUUUGUUGGAGUUGAUGGAAGUGAUGCAAUGCUGGAAGAGGCAAAGGAGAGCGGAUUGUACCAGGAGUUGAAACAGUGCCUCUUAGGGGAGGAAGCCUUUCCUGCAGAGUGGGCAGGGUCAUUUGAUGUGGUCGUGACCGUGGGGGCGCUGAGCGUUGGUCAGGUUCCCGUUGAAGUGGUCAGAGACCUGUGCGAAGCCGCCAAACCAGGCGGCCUAAUUUGCAUGACAACGAGAAGUAACUGUGAUAAUCUGGAAUACAAAAUUGCUCUUGAGCGUGAGCUGAAACAGAUGGAGAACGACGGCCUCUGGACUUGUGUGGAGGUCACAGACGUGAAGGACUGGGAGAGAGCUGUGUCAGAACAGGAGGAUGGCUACAUAUCUGGAGCGGUUUACCUCUUCAAAAAAACUGUACAUAAAAAUAUAACACUGUGAUUCACUCCAGCAUUAUUUGAUUUGAUUCAAAAUACUUCUUUAGGGUAGUAUUUUUUGGCGUUGUUACAUUAAACCAAUUCACCAUCUGUUGUGAACUUUUAUCCAGAAAAGUCUUUGUUCUGAUAACUUUCCGUCUAUUGUAAAAGUGUUUCUACUGGGGUCUUUUAAGUGAAAGUGAGUCUUUUAGAGUCAAUAUUCUGCACAUUCACCUAAAAAAAAGAGGAAUUCUUCAUAAAGGAUGUUUUUUUUUCUCUACUUGGUCAAAUUGCUUGUUGAUGGAAAGGCAGAAUUGAAAAGUUGAACGUCUCAGACUUCUCAUUUAUUUGCUUCAUGUGCGGGAGCAGCUGGUGCAUUUGCAUGGAGAUGACUAAAUCAGUAAAUGUUGACCUCCAAGCUCUCCCUAUGCUUAUUUUCCAGGGAAGUACCCAUCAGGCUUCUGCUAGGACAAGUACACUGAUCUCAAACAGACGAGAAAACAAGAUCCUUCUCUCUGUUUCAUGAACUGUCAGAGCCUGUUUUUACUAAAUGCAUCCCAUAAAAGACCAACUAGAUAUUGGGAUGUACUGCAGUCUGGUAAAAAAGUAAGAGAAAAAGACGUAGGAUGUUCCAUUAAAUGAAAAACUAAUUUAUUUCAUAAUUACAGAAAAUUUGAGCACAUAUAACCAACAAGAUACCAUCUUGACGACCAGCAAUGCAGUUUUCUACAAAGGACAUUUGGGUUUUUUCAAUUAUAUCAUAUAUGAAUUAUUGGGCUUCAGGAAUUGCAGUUUUUAGU